GCUGAAGAACUCCGAAGAUGAUUCGCGCAGGACAGAGAAAAAUAAGUUGGGCUCUGUGUCGAUUGUAUGGGUUUAAAGCAACAGACAGGCGGAGUCUGCUCACCGAAAGUACAGGGAAUCUGGAGAGGGCUUUUGCUAAUGAUUUGCGAAUCAUUUCAGUGAGAGGAGCUCGCGCAGCUCAUGACACCCAGAAAGUUCCAGGUUAUAGGCCCACAAAAUUUGACAAAAAGAUUCUUCUCUGGUCUGGUCGCUUCAAGAAUGAGAGGGACAUCCCUGCCAUUGUAUCGUUUGAAAUGCUGAAUGCAGCGAGAAACAGGGCGCGAGUCAAAACUUGCUACAUUAUGAUUGGUUUGACUAUUGUGGCCUGUUUUGCUAUGAUUGCAUCUGGAAAACAGGCUGCUGAACGGCAUGAAUCGCUCGCCAGCUGGAAUCGAGCAAAAAAGGCGAAAUGGAAAGAAGAAGCUCUGCGUGAGCAGGCAGCUGCAAUGGCUAUUACUGAUACUAAAUCACGAUAACCUCAAGCCAUACAACCAAAACAUUCAGCUUUCUCACACAAGGUUUUCUCUCUUUGUGGGCAUUGGAAUUACGACAAAGACUCAUCCAGACAAGAUUAAGUUCUCAAUCUCAGUAAAGAGAAUGCUGCUAGUUCUAGGUGGCAUAAAAAAACUGUAAAAAUUGUGCACUGAAAGAAGCUAAGCAAAUCAGUGGGGCAAUAUACAGAUGCAAUGUUUUACCUUAUACUAGUCAUAUUUGGAUUAUUUUACUUUGAUAUUGUUUUAUAAUAGCAAUGUUCAAACUUCAUAUUCAAAAAGACCAAAGGGUGAAGUCAAUAUGUUUCCAUUUUUAGGAACAAACCAGUGAUAUGGCUCCUGGCUUUACAACAUUAGUUUUAAUAAAGGGAUAUGCACCCAGAUCAUCCUACCUUGUUCCUUCUCUUUGUUGAUGUUGACUGACCUGCUGAAUGUUUCCAGCGUUGUUUUCAUGUUGGUAUCAACACCACAGCAAUAUCUAAUAGUAUUUUUUUUAGCAUAAGCAGCUUACUCCUUAUUUAUAAUUAGAAUGAACAGAUAAACAGACUUCUAGAAAAAACCCUCAACAGCAAGAGGAGCUUAAAUCAGCAACUUGUGGAUAAGGCACACCCUAUGCUUUGUAACUUCUGUUGAAAACAACAGUUAUUUAGCUCUCUAUGUCAGGCGUAACAACUUUUAAGGAAUCACUGAUUCCAUUAAUAGACGAUUUAAAACAGUAUUUUGAAAGAGGCAAAGCACAAACCAGCUACUGCAUCUUGAAUAGUUUUUUUUAGAAAAUCAUUCAAUCACUUUUGUUGUAACCAAUGAAAUUGUCAGGCAUGACAGCACAAAUUCCAAUUCCUUUCUAAUAUCUGCCACGGAAGUGACUAAAGAAAAAAACUUGUAAUGGAUGAUGGUACAUUCAAGUCAUUUGUGCUUUUGUCAUAUCAGACACAAUUAAAGCAUGUAAAGUGCAUUAUUUUUCAGAUUACUAUUUUAUCCUGUCCUUAAACUUUAUCUAGAUUGUAGAUUUUCUAAUCUUUACUCAUGUUUCAUCCCCAUUAUUUAUAGUUGCAACAAUUCUUGGUAGUUUUCUCUACAGCCUCCCCAAUACAGCAAAACCUUUUAUAAAGCAUGACAAUCAGAAUUCAAAGUAUCCUGAGUGUAAUCUGAUGAAAACAUAAAACCUUAGAAUUUUUUUUUAAAGAUUUAUAAUCUAGCUCUUUUAAUUGCUUUGUUGCAUUAGCCAAUCAGUAAAAGGUAGUCUCAUUGACAAUGCCAAUUCUACUGUUCCCAAUGCUGUUGGAUUAAUUUUAUACUGUCAUUUUCCCCAUGUAACUUGUGUCAAUAUUAAAUUUUAUUUGCCAUU